UGUAAGCAUAGCCUACAGAAGCCUUUUGUUGACUACCUUGUUCGAGGCACUACAGGUAUGGCGGCGGAGGCUUAAAAUAUAAAAUAUGCAUGCACCUGUGAGUGUCCGAUGUAAACUUAUUUCUGACGCUUGCGAGUUGGAGAUUCAAAUGCGCCAAUAACCUGGAGACGAGACCUUCGUGCCAAAACGAAUACAUUUUAUACUACUUGACUUGAAGCAGGUGAGAGUAGGCUAGCCUACGUUAUUGAAAAUGGAGGUUACUGACGCAGAAUCAUCACAGAGCUUAGAAAACAACUUCAGCGAAAUCCCAUUGUCACCUGAAUAUAAAAGUGAAGACAAUGAAGGCAGAGAACACGAACCUGUCAUUGAGGAAUCUGACAUUGGGGAUCCAGAGUCGGACACAGAACCGCCAGAGUCAAGUUCAUUGGGCCCAUCGACUGAAGAUGAAUUAUGUUGUGAGGUAACUCUCAAUAUCAACAUUGCACUGGCCAUUCCAAGUGCAGAAGAUGAUGACUCUGUGACUGCUGUGGAGAAAACAAAGAAGAAAUGCAAGAAAUCUGCACCAAACACUGUGAUUGAAGCCCCCAAAGCUCAAAGCUAUUACCACAUUGAGUACAAUCUACUUCCUCAUGAGCCAGAGUCGACUAAAGUAGACCUAGUCAUGUUUGGGUUGGCUGCCAAACUCUACAAGGGAAACAAGGCAAAAGUGUUGAAACCAUGGAUAGAGGAUGACAAAACAUGGUUGACCUGGACUCAGUCUGUCAGACUCAAAGUCACCAAAGAAAUGCUCAUUAAACUGGUUCACCAUAAGGUCACCUUCCGGGUGUGGGACACCAAAGACCACAUGUCCUCCACAGCCAAGCACGACAGGCCUAAAGCAUUCAGACUGCCGGCGGACAAGAGUGAUGAAGGUGGUCGAGAUCACUUUGGCACAAAAAACAUGAUCCUCAGGCUGCGAGAUAAUUUUGGAAAAGAAGGCUUAAAAAUGAAAGAAUUUGGAGAAUCCAUGCUGUAUGAACCGAGGAAGACACCACAUGAUAUGCACUGUGCAACAGCUGAACCCAUGGCGUCUAACGCAGACGUUGCGAACGAGAGAGCCGCGUCCUCCACUGCUGUUCCCCAGGAGCCACAGUGUGCUACAAGAUCUGCAGAUCAAGGUGGAGACCAGGAGUCCGCAAUAGACUCUAGAGGCACUCAAGACCAACUUAGAGCCUUUCCUGUGCCCGUCAACAAGAGGUUUAAUCUAAGAAGAAACACCAUUUUCAAGGCCUCCCUAGCCAAUUCUGAUUACAUUAGGAAGCAUGGUGCUGCCACAACAGAACUCAGCUUCAUUUAUCUCCUUGCAGGGGAGACGUCUUUGACGGGAUCUCUGCUCACCCGCUCUAAAGGGGUGCUGGAGGGCAUGUGCAACCUCACUCUGGAUAAGCCGCUCAUCUCCGGGGAGAUGAAGGCCAUGCUCAAUCCACUGGUCAUCACCAUCCUCUCAGCCACCGGCCUGCCCUCUAGCCCUGUCCCUUAUUAUAAACUCGAGGGUUACUGUCGACCUGUGUACUGCCAAUACAAGUUCCACAACACCGAGUUGCACAAAACAAAAAGCUACGAACAGAGGAGGAACAUUUACUUCAAGGACGUCAAUGUCAUCUUCGCCGGCCUGAUCAGCCAAGGAGAGCUCAUCGAGUACCUCCAUGGCUCGCCGAUGGAGAUCGAGGUCCACGACCGCGACAGAAAGGGUGACAGUCCGCCCAAGAGCCCCAGCGUUUUCGGACGCUCGCCUCAAGACGACCUGCUGAGCAAUGUGGCUCUGAUCAACAGCAAGGGCAUCACUCACAAUCCCUUUAAGCCAGUCAAGCCCCAACACCCGCACGGUGUAGCCAGACUCAGCUUCGCCGAGCUGCUGAACGGCCAUCGGACGUUGAGGUACAGCCUGGCCAUCUGCUGCUCGGCCCCGCCACAGAUCCUGGGCAAGGACAAGGCCCAGUGGGAGAGUAAAAUGCUGGAGGUGGACGGGGCCAGACACGACCCGCAGGCUGACUGCAUGCCCACGGGACACUACUUGGAGUCCAACUCGCAGCUGAACGUGCAGGUGGAGAUCGCGUACCCCAUAAACGCAGACAACGUCACUGGCGCCACCGAAGAGGAGUGUCCCUUCGGCCGCAUUGUCCACCUCAUGAAGCACGACGACGUCGGAACGCUGUCCAGACUGUGCGCCGAGAUCUUGAGGGUGAACGCAGCCGCGUUCCAGCUGAAGUCCAAGACGGAGGAGGCCAUGCAACGAGCCCUGGGCUGCUACAAAGUGACCGCACCUGAAAUGGAGAGCAGAGAGCUGGACUUCCUCACUGGAUUUCAUUUACUGGACAAGAACAUGCAUCUGUUUGUUAUUGAAGGACUGAAGGACGGUGCCAUCCGAAGGCUCUGGGACAUGUCCUCAACAAAGUCAGAUGGGAUUGACUGGCGGCAGAUCACCACCCUUUACAACUCUGCAAUGAGCUUCUCCACGCGCCUUUACGACUGUCUGGACUUGAGCUUCUGUCCCGUCCACCUUCACGAGCCUCUGGAGGCCAUCAUGAGGCGACCGCUGGUGUACAUCAGAGACAUGGUCCCGCUCGCCUGCUUCCAGGGCCUUUCACGCUUGAGCCAGCUGUGCCAAGAAUCGUCGAUGAAAGAUGCGGUGCGCAACAGCCUGUUCCCGACGGGCGAAAUGGUGCUCAGCCUCAGCAAGGAGUUUGGCUCUCUGCCCGAGAGAGGGCAACAGAUCCUGGAGCGCAUCUGCCAGAGUGCCCAAGGAGCGCCCGAGAGACAGAGGGUGAGGGAGAGGUCCAACCCGCCCAUUGAGAACUACAACCAGGAGUACGUGGAAUGGAAGGAACUCGUAGCUGCCCAGCAACUCUGUGGAGAAACGAAGGACUUUGUUCAGGCCAACAUAGAGGAGGUGCAGCGAGCCAGCCAGAGGGCCCAGAAGCCGAAGCCUGCAGUGGUGGUGGCGGAGGUGGAGGAGGGAAAGAUGGCUCACAAUUACAGCAUCCAGACUCUGAACUCCUCCGCACAGGCCAAGGAGCUGCUCCGCAAGGAGAUGGCGAAGGCUCCACGGCAGAGGUUCACGUACAGUCAGGAGUUCCAGUCGGCCACGUUAGAGCCGUGCGACGCGGAGGCUGAGCGCAAGGCUGCCGAGUGCCGGUCACGCAGGGCCUGGCGCACCCCCGCCGGCUUCACCUACCCCGGCUUCCAGAGCAGCGUGGAGGCCAACGAGCACCCCAAGAUGCCCGACGAGGCUCGCAUCGACGAACUGAGAAGGCCCUGGAGGGAGAACAUCCUGCAUGAUAACACCCUUAGACCCACACUUCCGCGCCGCACGUGGCCUUGGGAGAGGCGCUCGGAGGAUUUUGAGCUCUACGCCAAGCCCCCACCUGUCUUCCUGCCAAAACCCCCCGUCACCAUUCACCUGGCAGGGCACCUUUUGAAAGAAGAGCAACGUGGAGCAGCCUGCGCUCAGUACAAGAGGUGGCUAUGGAGGAUCCUGCCAGACAAAUGCAACACUGACAGCCACAGAGUCCCGCAGUUUAAGUUUCACCUGAAGAAAGAUGGCCUGGAUAAGCACAUCCCCAUCCUUAACAACCAGCCAAAGUACACUCUUGCCAACACCAGGACGUUACGGAAGACUGCUACAGCAAUUACUACCCCAGAAGUAGCCAACAAAGAGAGGCAGAGAAGAGUACCAUGCCUUCCUGAUGGCUCACAGUCUGAUGGGGACCAGAACCAAAUCCUGGACCACAACCCUUUCAGGGGCUACUGGAGACCACAUUCGUUCCAGUACAAGAGAGAAGCGCGGCCCCUGACCGAGGAGGAGCUGGAGGUGUAUCGCUUCCGGAGCCCCAGAGAGGCCACCGCCACCACCACCACCACCACCACCACACUGCCGCCGCGGCCCACGGCACUCCGAGCACGGCCGGCCAGGAACGUCUCCGAGACGCGCACCCACAGAGCAGUGGUCCUCCAUCUGCAUUAA